AUGAGUGAUAUCAAGCCCUUGUUUUCACUUGGAAACAGCAGAGACGACCAGGAAGUGGCAACUGAAUUAUCGUCCCUGUGCACCAUUUACACCAUUACACCAGAGGUAUUGCGAAACAAAUGGGAGGCAUUCGCUUUGACAACGGGAUGUGCUUUGAAGCCAUCUCUUCCCUACGUCAAACAUCUGAAGAACUCGCUCCAAAGAGAGUUUGACAGACAGCUCAAAAAGCAAAAGACAUCAAGGGGAGCUGUUGUUACCAAGAAACCCCGUAUGAAUCUAUCAGAUUACGGCAUCAACACGGAUAGUCAAGAAGACUCGGUAGAGAGUUUCAUGUCCAACAUGUUUAGCAGCUCUCAUGCCAGGCCCGCCAAGGUCAUGCCAAUGACUCCAUCUGCCUCGUUGAAUGACACACAAUUAUCACAAGUUUCCAGCCAGUUCUUGACUAGAAAAUCAGCACAUGUCAUGGAUGGACAGUACAACCCUCACCUUCCCCGUCGCGGCGACUACACAGAGGACAAACCCACCAUGUUCAAUCACUUACAAGACCCCAUCAAACCCUAUCGAUUCAUGUAUGAAAAGACUAGAGAAAAGGCAGAUAUGAUGGAUGAGCAUAUCGACUACAUUGGCAGUUUGAUCAGGGAAUAUCACAACAUUGAGGCAUUUGCAAACCCUGCUCGUGCAAGUCAGGACCCUAUUUAUGCGUACGGUCGCAUCUGCUCGGAUGCUUCUGAGGGUCGAUUGAAUGAUCAGUCUGUGUUGCUCCAGCUCUCUAGAGAUGUGGGCAUGGGUAAGCGAGUCAGACUCAACUUGGCCAAAGUCAGUGAUUAUACGCUGUUUCCUGGACAGAUUGUGGGUGUCUUUGGAACCAACAUCCGUGGCGAUGUAUUUCAUGUAGACCAAUUCCUCUUGCCUCCUAUGCCAAACAGCAUUGAAUCCGACAUUCUCACUGAUAGAAAGCCCGUAGAGAUGAUUGUAGCAAGUGGACCUUACACAUUAGACGACGAUUUAUCAUACCAGCCAUUAGAGGAUCUACUAAACAAAUGCGAGCAGGACCAGCCCAAUGUGAUUUUGUUGAUGGGGCCCUUCAUUUCAGCAAAUCACCCCAGAGUGGCAAGCGGUAAAAUCGAAUCUCUGCCAGAAGAUGUGUUCCACAAUCAAAUCGCCAAAAGAUUAGAACAAUUUUUAGAAAAGAGCCAGCAUUCGCAUGUGUUGCUUAUGCCUCAUGCUGACGACAUGAUUCAAUCCUUUCCUCUAUAUCCUCAACCACCACUUGGAAACACGAUUCGACAUGGCCGUUUGCACCAGUUGAGCAAUCCUGCACAGAUCAGCAUCAAUGGACACAACAUCUCAGCCAGUAACAUUGACAUUUUGUUCAGAUUGGCCAAAGAAGAAAUUUCAAAAUCACCAGAGCAUACAGAUCGUUUCUCGAGACUGGUUCGACAUGUUUUACAGCAACACACAUACUAUCCCCUGUUUCCUCAUGCACUAGGCGACAGUAUAGACGCCAGUCAGCUAGUCAAUAUCCAAGUAUCAUGGCUGCCUGACAUUUUGAUUCUCCCAUCACAGUUCAAAUACUUUGUCAAGAACAUAGAUGAUGUCGUAUGUAUAAAUCCCGGCCAUUUAUGCAAGAGUUUAGCAGCAGGAAGCUAUGCUCGUGUUGUACUUUAUCCUACCACCGAUGUGAAUAACCAAGUGCGUGUCGAUUUAUUCAAGUUAUAA